CCACUAUUAAAAUUCUAUGGCGACGUUCUUGAAACGAUUCAAAUAUCGACAACAUUUUGACAAUUCAGUAAAAGCAAGAGAAUAACAAGUGUUCAGAAGCAUAAUUAUAAGCUUUUUUUAAUGCAAAUUAAAUGUUGAAUUUUAGAAUAAUAAUAUGCGUUUCUUUAUCACGCUUGGAUUUCUGAAGAAAAGGCAUCAUUUACCUCUACACGUUGAUUUAUACUUACUUGGGGACUUUGAUGCUAAAUAAAGAUGAGUACUAGAGUACUGAAUGAUAUUCAUAACGACUUAAAACAGCUUAUAACUGCACUUACAUCAUUUGAGGAGGAUGAAGAAGGAUUUCGGAUAUGUGAACGUUUUUGUGUGUCAAAUAUUAAACAUCAUCGCUUUCUAUCUGUCGAUGGUCACGCAACUAAAGAAGCCAUAGAUGCACUAGUCACUAAAUUUUCAAUCCAUGGAAAAUUUGAAGUUGCUAAAAAGUUUCAAGAACUAAUUGAUUCCUUUUUAUCAAGUUUUGAUUUUGAGCAGCAUCCACAGUAUGAUCUACAGUGGUAUUUGUUAACAUUCUUGUUGGAUUUGUCCACUGAAACACACAAGUCUAAUUUAGAUAGCUUAAAACUCACACGUGGUGAGUAUAAUUUUAAUGCAGCUCCUGGAAAAGAAGAUAGCAUUACAGAAGAAAUAGAUUGGGCACAGUAUUUAAAGGAAGGCCAAGAUAAUUUCUUUUGUGAUUAUAAGAGCGAUGAUAGUGAGAGUGAUUGGUCUGAUUUAACGGAAGAAGGGACUGAUGAAAAUGAUAUUUCUUUGCCUACACAAAUAUCUAAUGUACAGUUAGAUAUUGCACAGUCUUCAGAAAUUCCUGAUGCAGCAGAUAAACUCUCUUUAGCAUUAGUGCAAAAUCUUGAAUCUAGAAAAUGGCUCUCAUCAAAUGUUCAGACUGAUUGGUGGAAUAAUUUACAAUUCCAAAAAUAUCCUGUUGUUAAACAAUCUUGUGAUGCUAAUAUUUGUGAUAUUUGGCAUGAAACAAACUUGUCAGCUUUAUACAAAAUAGCUACUCUCAGUGAAUAUCAAGUGUGCAGAGAAUUAUUAUGGAUGUUUUAUGUCCAAACAUCAAUGGUAGUAUUUCAACAAGAAAGUGAAUCAAAAUUCUUGAUACGUUCUGACAUAUCAAUACCAAGUUUGACAAAUACUGCUUUUAAGAGUAUUCUAUCACCAUUCUGUGAAUGCUUUUCAAUGAUACAUGAUAUUGAAAGAUUUGGAGCUGAUUUGCAAUCAACUUAUAAUCAAGAAUCUGAACUUUGGAGUCCUCCUUUGACUUAUGAAGCAUAUAAUGCUGCACUUGGACGACACUUGUAUGAAUUUAAAAAUAAAAUAAUUGAUAUAGAAAAAAAUGUUUUAAAGCAAGAAAAUUGUAAUACGUUUUUAUCUUUAUCGGCUAGUCUGAGAAAAUAUUUCAAUAUUAUAAAGAUACUUCAUGAGGUACAUCAUAAAGUUAUAAUUGAUUGGAAAAUUAAUCCUAAUUGGAAAUGUGCAUCUCGAUUAUUAUCGUCCCUAUAUUAUGAAAUGCAAAAUUCUCAUAGUCGUGAAAGGACAGAUAUUUGUACAAAUUUAUAUCUAUGUAGUCUUACAGUUUAUCUUAAUAUAAUUGAUACUUGGUUAAGUGAGGGACGAUUAGAAGACUGGAGAGAUGAAUUUAUAAUUGUAAGAAUUCCAGAAACUACAUUAAUGGAAAAUGCUGAACAAAAUGAAAAAUUUACAGUUCGAUUGUCUGAUAACAUUUGUUGGACAGAUCCAAUUAUGCAAUUCUUAUUGCAAAAAGUACAACAUAUGGGUCACAGUGUUGAGUUACUUGUCUCUUUAGAUCGAAUUACUGAUAUAUGGAAGCUGGAUAGUGAAAAUAAUGGUGUAAGAAUUUCAUUAAAUAUUGAACUGCAAAAUAGAUUAUUAUCAGAAAUUUCUAAAUACAGCAUGGCAGUCGAAGAGACGGAUACAAGUUUACUACAAAUUGAUAAAGUAUCAUUACAAGAUUAUGAUGUCAAGAUUGAAAGAAAUAUAAUAGACCAGUUAUCAAUCUUGCACAAUCCAUUUUUCAUGAAAGCUAUGGAAGAUUAUAUGCCAUGUGAAUUAUACAAAAAUGAUACAGUGGAUGCUUAUAUUCAUAAUAGCCAUGUCCCCAAAGCAAAUCAAGAUCAAAUAUAUGAUUUAUAUAAAAAGCUGCGGAAGAUAAAAUAUAUCUUACCACUGAAAAACAUUUUGGAGAACACAUUGUCUGAGAUUUUAAUCUUACGUUAUAACAGUGCUAGCAAAUUAGUAAGAAAUAUCAUGGUUGAGGAGUAUAAACUACAAACGCAUUUGAAGUUAUUGAGAUUUGUUUAUAUGAUGGAAGCUGGACACGUUAUUAAUAAAUUCUAUCAAGUCUUAUUUUACGAGAUUGAAAAUAAUCAAAUGUGGGCUAAUUCAUAUUUUUUGUCAUGUAUUCUUGAAGAAGUAUUUUCUCAAUAUUGGCCAGAUACAAGCUCACGCUGGUCCAUCACAGUUCAAAGUAAUAUCAAUACUCAUCAAGUGUUACAGGCUGUAAAUGGCAUAAUACUACAUUACACAGUAGAGUGGCCCAUAAGUAUAAUAUUGACCAAGAAAAUCUUGGAAAAAUAUAAUGAAAUAUUUAGAUUUCAACUAAAAUUAAAAUGGGCUCUAUGGGCGUUAAAUAAUUUGAGAUUUUGCGAUUUAGAGGAUUCUAGAUCGCCAUGCAUAAGGGAUAAAUUGGAACAAUUUCAUAUAAGACGUCUUGAAAGUCUAAAAUUUUGGUUACUACAUGCAAUAGGAUCUAUACAUACAUAUUUAUCUGGCCAAGUACUACAGAGUCUAGGACUUAUAUUGGACAAGGUUCUCGUUCAGACAGAUAGUCUUGAUACCAUUAUAUCAGUGCACAACGAUUACUUGAACAAAGUUCACGAGCAUUGCUUAUUAACAGAGGAAUUUGAAGAUUUAAUGACAACCAUAAAUAAUAUGAUUGAAAUGUGUACUCACAUACGAGAUAGAUGGUCAUGCAAAAAGUUAUUGUUAGCUGGUGCAGAAUUGGAUGUAAUGGAACAGAGUUACAUAAAGUAUCAUACAUAUCUUGCAUUAGCUUUGCACAAUGCAGUACAACAUAAGGAUGCAGAUUAUUGUAAGUUUCAGAAUUUAUUAGCAAUACUUGAUGUAUUUCAACAUAAUUGCCCACAAUUCAAUUAAUUUAUAACAAAUAUUCUCGAAACAAAUCAUAAAAGAUCGAUUAUUAAAGUUGGUGAUAAGAAAUGUAAUAUUUACUUAUUUUAAACAAUUUACCAAUUAUUGAGAUAUGUUAAUGAUAUAAUAAUAAUUAAUAUAUGUACUUGAAUGUAUCAAGUCUCGAAUAUUUUUAUCUUAUACUUAAAAAAAUAGCAUACACUAAUAGCAUACUAAUUAAGGAUGUUAAAGAAUGAUCAUUGUUGCAUGAUAAUUAACAUCACUUUUAACUUAAUAUUUUUUCCCUGCUUUAUUUACAGUGACUGGCUUAAGUUCAGCUUUUAAUUGCAGUAUGCCAUGUACUUAAUCUUGCAUUAAUAGAAUAUUGAUUCUUAUACCGAUUUAACCAACAUUACCAGUGUGAUUUCCCGAUUUUCUGAGUUUGGGAUUAACACAAUGAUGUCAAUUUCAUUUCACAUACAUCAAUUGUCUUAUACAAUUUAAUAAUACAUGUGAUUGUACAUGUAGUAUUUAGCUAGAUUGUUGUUCCCAUUUAUCAGAUAUAUUUCACAUCUUGUGUAUAAAUAAUAUUAAUUAUAAUUUUUUUAAAUAAUAUUAAUUAUACUAGUUACUUAUACAAAUUUGUUGCGCGCAAGGAUUUUUAUUAUAUAUUCUAAUACAGCAUUAUACAUGUAUUUAAGA